AUGGAAACAGUCCCUACAGAUUUUGGCAAACGGGUGUACCAAGGAGUGCGAGUGAAACACACAGUCAAAGAUCUUCUUGCUGAAAAACGAUCCAGGCAGAGCAGUGGCUCCUGCUUCACUUUUUCCCUGGAGCUGAAGAAAGAAAGCUCACCUACCACGGCUGGUUACUACGGCAUCAGGAGAUCCUUCACAACUGAGUUGGACUUCCACAACACAAAGCAGGUUGCCAGUGACAUCUACUCAUCCCCUCUAGGCUCCAAGCCCUUCUCAUGCGAUUCCUCUGCCACUCAGGGCUACCCGGCGCUUCUGGACCCAUGUCUUACCGACCAAUAUGGGGAUUACCGUGCUACUCCCCUCACAGCGGGUACCAGCUCCUUCUUCAGCCCUUCUUCUGUGCCCCCUCUCCUGCCAUCCUUCCCUACUGACACAGCGCACUUCCUACUAAGAGAGCCCUGGGAGCAGACCUCACCCGACAGCCUCAACCAGUCGGACGGUGCAUGCUCAGACCCUCUGCAAGCACUGCCUGCCAGUGCCAGCUGCCUCACCUCACACGAGUCCGGAGGUGUUUCCCCAUACCGAAGCUCAAGUUGGACCCCAGCUAUUCCUGGAGCCCAGCCCUACCCUCUGCAUCCUCUUGAAGAUGUCCACUACUCCCCCAGCUAUGCCGCCACCUCACCCUACUCUUUCUCACCAUUCAUGACUGUGGCAAAUGAGCUUACCUCCAGGAUGAGCCACCUCUUGCCAGAGCAGUCCUCGGAGACGCCGCCCCUUCACAAUAACUCUGCCUGGACAAAAGAGGAUGGAAGUCCCAUCUGGGGGACUUAUGAAGGCCGGAGAACUUAUUGA